AAAACUUAGACUCAUUAAACCAAAUAAUUCUCGAUUACUCAUAAUCAAAAACAUUAAAUAAGAUGGCUGGUGAUGUGAAAUAUGAUUCUCUGCCUUUUAUUGAUUCUAGUGGAAGAGACUAUUUUGAAGCUGGAUCAGAUUUUGAUAUUGACACAAGCAUAGACAAUUUUGAGUUAAAAAGUGAAUCUGUUGAGCAUAUCCAGCUAAACCAAAAAAAAUCAUUUGACAUUUUUAAAGAUAAGUAUCUUGACUCAUCAAAAGUAGAUUUUUCUGACAGAAUUUCAACAUCUGAUAAGGCUGGCUACGACUCUAAAACUGUUUAUGAAAUUAUUGCUGAGAAAGCAUCCAUUGAGACACCACACCAGAAAUAUCAUCGUUUACAAUCCGAAAUCCAGUCACUUGUUGAGGAGGUUCAAUCUCUUAAGGAUUCUGAAAAUAAAGAUGCAUCAGCAGUUUCAUUAUCAAGUGAGGUGUUGUGUUUGCAAAAACAGCUUCAUGAUUUGCAGUUAGAAAAAUACUUUGGACCUCAUGUAUUUGCGUCACAUGGAGUUCAACCCUUGACAAGGCAAAUUGUUGAUCAACUUCAGUCAAUUAAAACAAAAAUGCCAGACAAUAAAGAUCCAUCUCACAAGGAUGUUGUCUACGAAAUUUACUAUCGUCCUGAGCAUUCUAAGUUUGCGUUAUUGGCUAAAAUAAGCGAACUAGAAGCUAAGCUAAAAGCUAUUGAAACUGCUGUUGGUAUAGAUAAUCCUAAAUUGCAAAGGAUUAUAUCUGAUUCAUCAGGCAACUCACUAAUGGAUACAACAGAGCAAUUACAUGCUAAGCUUUCACUUUUUGAUAUUACACACAUCGAAAUUAUUAGUGCUCGUCUUCAGGGGUUGCUUCAUUGCAUCAAUGAGAUUUCACAAAGAAAAGACACAAUUGAAAAUGUGAUCAAUCAAACCAAAAUAGAUGAGUUAUACUCUUUAAUAAAAAGUUGGGACAGCGUUGCAACUGUUGUACCUGAUUUAAUAGAGCGAUUAAAAGCUUUGAGCGUUCUGAAUGAGCAAGCUACCUCAUUUUUCCAAUCUAUGGAAAAUUUGACAAUUAAUCAAACUGAAGUCCGAGAUCUUCUUCGCACCGAAAAAGAUACACUAAAUAAAUUUGAAAAAAGUUUUGCUGAGAACAUUGCUUCUAUUCAAAAGAAUUGCGAAGGACUUGAUAAAAGGAUAGAAAGUCUCAUGAAGAAAAUUGCUACAUAGACAUGUUUUGAUCAGAAGAUUUAGCAAUAUUACUUAGCAUUUUUACUUAAUAGAUUUCGAGACAUCAAUCAA